AUGAGCUUUGUUUCAGAGGAGGGAGGUCCGUUUCUGCGCUGUGGUGAAACAUCCAAAACUUCAUCUGUCGCAAGUUCCAGUUUCCAUGCAGCUUUUGUAAGUUUCGCCACGUGGGAAACUAUGUGACCACCAUGUUUGGUUUAGACAGCGGGAUUCAUUUUAGUUUGAGAGGACACCGAGACUUUGUGGUGAAAUGGCAAACCAUGAGCGAAACAAGAAGAUGUUACUGGAACUGCUGAAGCUGCCGACCAACAGCCGGUGCGCGGACUGCGGAGCGGCCGAUCCAGAGUGGGCAUCCUACAAGCUGGGUGUGUUUGUGUGUCUGACCUGCUCCGGCAUCCAUCGCAGCCUGUCCAGCCGCGUCAAAUCCAUAAAGCUGGACUUCUGGGAGGAUGAGCUGGUGGAGUUCAUGAAAUCCAGUGGCAAUUCCAGCGCCCAAGAUCUGUAUGAGAAAGCUGUUCCACCGUUCUACUAUCGACCCCAGGAAAAUGACUGUAUGGUGUUGAGAGAGCAGUGGAUUCGGGCUAAAUAUGAAAGGAUGGAAUUCACUGGAGAACUCAAGUAUCCACCACUUCCAUACACCACAGGUUUCUAUGAAGGGAUGCUGUGGAAGAAAGGGAAAGAGAAUACGCAGUUUCUGAAGAGGAAGUUUGUUCUGUCAGAGAGAGAAUUCACUCUGAGUUACUACAACAAGGAAGAUGAGUCCAAAGGUCCGAAAGCCGUAAUCGCCAUCAAAGACCUAAACGCCACCUUUCAACCGCAGAAGAUUGGUCAUCCUCAUGGGCUGCAGAUCACCUACCAGGAGAACGAUCACACCAGAAACCUCUAUGUUUAUCACGAGAGUCCUGAGGAAAUAGUCACAUGGUACAACGUCAUUCGUGCUGCACGCUAUGCGUACCUGAGGACGGCAUACCCAACUGGAAGCGAUGAAGAACUGAUACCAAAGAUAACAAGAAACUACCUCAAAGAGGGAUACAUGGAAAAGACCGGGCCUUUGCAAACGGAGCCGUUCAAAAAAAGGUGGUUUAUUUUGGACUCUCAAAACAGGAAGUUAUUUUACUUCAAAGGCCAGCUGGACGCCGAGGAGUUAGGGGUCAUUUUCAUCGGCACAGAGAAAAAAGGUUACUCAGUGAGGGAGUGUGUCCCAAAACAUGCUCGGGGAAACAAGUGGAAGUGUGGAGUCAUGGUGGAGACGCCUGAGAGACAGUUUGUCUUCAUGUGCGAGCAGCAGAGGGAGCAGAGAGAGUGGCUGGACGUCCUCAGACAGGUCCUCUCCAGGCCCAUGGCACCGCAGGAUUACACCAUAGAAGCCAACAUCAAAUAUAAAAGAUGAACUCCAGAGAGGUCUGUCAACAGGAUGAUGGUGAGGAAACCGCAGCUGAAAACACAAGUGACUGAACUACUGCAGCACAGCAGAUGAACAGUGACCUGCUGUCGCUGCACUGACUGCUCACCUUUUGCUCGCAGCGCUGAAUCUCGACUCUGGCUGUGCUCUCUGCCACAAUGUGAAUUAAACACCUCCAUCCACUCACUUUAACUGACACUGGAUCUGAUGCUCGAUCCUACUAGACUUAAUGCUGUAUCAUGAUGUAAAACCCACUUUUUUUUAACCAAUAAAAAAAUACUCUUUUGUUACAGGAUUUAAACUGUUAGAUUGUGACAGAAGAAAGGACAUACUUAACAGCCACUGCAGUCAACAUGCUAUUUUUUAAAAAUUAUGUUUCAGUUUUUGUUAUAUAUUUUCCAAUAAGCAUACAAUUUAA